AUGGCAACUACGUUCAAGUGCCCCGUUGCUUGUCCAAUACAAGACACUGAGAGUUGGGGUUACCAGGUUGUUCAAUAUAUCUUGGAUCUCAACAAUCGUUUUAGCGAUGUUGUCAUUCGUCAGUUCACAGGCAACAUUUAUGCGCCUUCUGUCCAGAGGUUUAACUCGAAUGUCAUUGAGAAACGGGAACAGGCCAACGUCGAGAACCUCAGCUUUCAUGCCCCUUAUGGCAUGAUGCUCAUGGGCAACUCUGGCCAUCACGGUGGCAACCCUGGUUAUCAUGGUCACGGUCACCACAAUGCAGGGGCCCAGCACAUCCCCCAGGGAAUGCACCCUACCAGUGUUGCUACUGUCUAUGCCCAGGGAGGCUUGUAUGGUAUCCAAGCGCACGGCUCCUACAGCCAUUCUCGCCUCAGUCCCCAAAUGCACGGUCUUCAGGCGUGUUCGAUCGAUGGAUAUGUCUUGCAAGGCACUUCUCCUCAUAGCGCGAGCCUGACCCCCCCCCCCCCCCCCCCCCAUACCCAAGCCACUGGCUAUAUGGGCGUUGCUGGAUAUGCUAAUGUGAGCCCUUUUGGCACGGUCGGUGUUGCCAGGUCAUUGAAUGAUCCUUAUCAGAGCUACACCUAUGGCAUGUAGAACGGG